CUGUGGGUUUACAUUUAUUUGCUCUUUUGUUUUGGACUCAUUUGGCUACUUUUUUAUUUAUAUAUCUUUACCCUAAUUCGUGCCUGUCGCCUCCUAUCGACGCCGUUUCUUUCGAAAAUCUAGAAUGCUUGCACAGCGCGCCUCGAAGAUGUCUACCACAGGCUGGGUGCUGCGCCGCGGCCCGAUCCGAGUUACGACCAGCAGUCUGCUCCCGCAAAUAUGCCAUAGCCGCCGGUGGAAGAUAGUGAGACCCGAUCCUAUCCGUCCACUUCCGAAAUUUGAUCUGGAGGUGCUGCUGACCCAGCAGCCCACCGAUGCUGCCGCCGGUGCCGCUGCCGCUCGUGUGCACAAUCCGCUGCUGUCCAUCGAGCUUGGCGAAAAAGAGAGGGUCAGAUUACUUAAAAAGCGGAAUGCUGAGGAGCUUGAAAAGUAUAUACCUGCCGUUCGAGGCAGUCACCCACUUCCAUUGUGCGAGGACUACGCGAGGUGCUGGUCGAAUUUCUUGAAGGGGAAUCAUGGCAUUUUGGAAACGCCGACACGGCGGUACCUGAACAUAUACAGGGCCAACGGUCCCAUCAACCGCAGGACGUCAUUUGGGCUUGUUAAGGUGUUUAAGACGUUUCGCGAAGACGAUUACAAGAAGGAUCCAAAGGAGAUGAAAUUCCGCACCGAGUUUAAUUUCAGAAAAAUGCCGUAUUCCACCGAGGAAUUUCUGGCUCUGCUGACGCUUUACGUCCGGACACUCUACACGCUUCCCGAAGAUAAGAGAUCGGAUAUCGCUAGCGACUUUUACUUUAUUGUCAAGGCCAUUCGUCAGCGACCAAAGAUCCACCAGAAGCUGAUCGAAAUGAACAAGUUCAGACAGCUAGUCAUGUCGUACUUUCUGAUUGUCGGCCAGCCCUUUCUGGCGCUGUAUGUGGCGGUAGAUUUGGUGACAAAGAGCAUUCCUGGAACAAUUGAUCGGUGGGCGAUUUUGCGGCUGCUGAACAUACAAGGCCUGUACCAUGGCGACAAGGAGGCUCUCAUCCAUCUUAAAAACAUGGAUCCCGGGUACAAGGGUGACCACGCUACGUAUGAUCGGGAGUACAGGCUAAAUAUUCUCAGCCAUUCAAUCCUCGAGUACUACUACGCAAAUCCGGGAAUCACCAUAACCGAUUUAGAGUUGGUGCGGCUGAUAAGGUGCUCCGAAUCGCGUCAGCUUGUCAGGGAGCUGAUGGACAUGUUGCCCAUGGUACUCGCACGCUUUCUCAGGGGAUCUGUGAGAGAGCUGCCCGCUGCCGACCAAACAGAUCUGUUUUACGAGAAGCGGGUGCAUAACAUACACAUCAAUGAUAUGCAACUCGUGGCACGAUAUGCACUGGCGCUUUUGCAAACCAACAACAAGGAUAUGGCAGUCAAGUUUAUGGUGACAAUCGCUAGCAUGCCGAGCAAGCCACUAGAGAACUCUAGCUGUAACACGGGUCAAUUGGCGUGCUCCUUCAUCGAAUUGGCGCAGGCUGUUCCAGACAAUUCGCCGAUUCUCGCUGAAGUUCUGGAGCAGCACAGCAGCAGCAACAUAGACAGAUCGCUGAAUUGGCGGUCUCCUCCCGAAUACAGGGCGUAUAUCUCCGAGGAAAUUGUCAGACAUAUGAUUGGUGGCGAGCCUGGUGUAGCCAGCGCACUAACGGCGCUACUUGGCUCGAAUUCGGAUCGAUUGAAUAUGACCGCCGCCAUGGGUAUCAUUCAGCCGCUCAUAAGGCACGAAAAAUCCUUGGCGCUCGAGUGGAUUGGCUACGGUUACUAUCAUUUGCAGCCCCCGACCCAGUCCAAGGUGGACAAUUUACUGAUAUCCUGGAUGCGGGAUAGCCGCGAGCAAUUUAUGGAUCAACUCAGCGCGGCUGCUGAACGGGCACCGCGCGUAAUGGUGAGAAUCGCUUCUAUUAUGAGCCAGAAGAUGUGGGACUUUGAGGCAGAUCGGCGAUACUUGCUGGCCGGUACGUUUAUCGCCAUACAAGGAACCAAGAACGCCUAUGCAGCCGGAAGCCUAUUGGUAGCAGCCGCCAUGGGGCCACAGGCGCACAUCAAGACCUCAGGGUAUUCGGGACAACAACCGCUGACUCAGCGCGCGUAUACCACCGCACAGCUGAUCAAGCGGCUAGAAUGUGAGGGUCUGGACAUGGGAAUACUGUUGUCAUACAUGAUGGGAGCUGUGGCGGUGUUGAAAUCGCCGACUGCUGAGAGGAUGAUAUGGCGAGAGUUGCUGCGGCAUGGCGCUGAGCCCAACCUGCCCAUGAAGAAGGCGUCGCUGUAUUUUUGUCUGUGCGAGCGGGUACACAUUGAUUCGGCUGCGGAGCUGGUGCUGGACGUGCUGAGCACGAUUCGGGUUGUCAAGGAUGUCGACUAUAGCAGUGAUUCUGGUGAUAAUCUGCCUGCAAACAGAGAUGCGGCCAUUUCAGAGCUCAUUGGAGGGGUCUCUUCAAUUAGCGAGAUCUUUGACGGGGAUUCCUUGCAAGUGGGGACUAGCAAGUCCAGGAUGGCACCGGUCUACGUGAGGAUUCUCGAUGGGCUGAAUCGUGCCGGUCUGUAUGAUGCUGUCGAUGCGAUGGCAAUAUAUUUGCUGGACAGCCAUGAACGCAUUUAUAUGUUCGGGGGCAUAGCAUCCGUAUGGAUAGACUCGGUUGGAUACAACCCGAAUUCGACAAGCGACGAUAUCCAACGCGCCUGGAGUACGCUGCGCCGUGUUUCGGAUGACAUGGUGAAAAGGUGGAAGGAAAAGCGCGGUACACGGUUCAUGCUCAACAUAAACAAUUAUAACUCUGUUAUUGAGGCAUGUGUGCGCAAGGGCGACCUUGACACCGCGUGGUAUAUUAUUCACGUCGAGAUGCGCGAGAAGAAGCUUGUACCGACCCUGUUCACGCUGUACACACUGAUCUCGCCGCUUGCUGCCAACGCCAAGCUGUGGCCCGUCGGCAAGCUAAUGGUGGCUAAGUUCAACGCGCACUACCCGGACAUAGUGCAGGCGGCCCUUGGCAACCACAGUCUUGCACAGCCGAUCAGAGCGCUCUUAUAUGCAGGGUCCUGUAUGUAGGUGUUAUUUUUUAGUGGUGUUUGCU